AUGUUGAAACGUGCCGCACUUUUCACACCUGCCAUCUCCCAGUUCAUUGCACUGUCUUCUCCUUCCUGGCAAUGCGAGGCGCUCACAAUCUUGCUACGCAUGAUAUUCGCUGAUUCCAGCAUCUCCUCCAUCCCCGGCUCAGAGAUCGGCAUGCAUCUGUUUGAGGUGAUCGCACGCUUCCUCGAAAAUCUGUACACCACGUGGUCUGAAGUCGUCGGGUACAAGAACGAGGAUGUGUCGAAGCUGGUGGCUCACGCGAUCACGCAGAGGCAAGUUUUGGACCUUGCCCCAGGUAUCGGCCAUGUGGCCAGCGCAGAUGAGCUGGAGCACUCAAUGCAUGUCGUUUAG